GUCCGGCUCGUCACUCGUCUUGAACAGCUAUCCUCAUCUUACCAGCGUAUCCCCCCGGCACCAGGACAGAAGUAUACGGUCCCACACUGCAGGCUACAGCACUACGCCCUAGAACGCCCCGACGCAACCGCAAUGAUGAACCUCGAUGAAGAGGUCCGACUAUGGACCACCAAUACGGAGAGGGAGAGAACAGAAAACAUGGCAACCUUGUACAGUAUCAUUGUCAGUCUCGAGUAUCUGGAAAGGGCGUAUGUGCGGGACUCUGUCACUGGCAAAGAAUAUGCACCAGCAUGUAUCAAGCUGCUAGCACAGUACAAGAGUCUGAUGAAGCUACUGGGUGAAGAACUAGGGGGAGUUGAAAUGUUCAUGACAAGAUUCAAGAUGGAACACCCAGCUGCCUUGCAUCGACUUACUGUGGGAGUACCAGCAACUGUAGAGCAUUCUGCAGAGGCAGAAGAAGGAGGAGCGGAGAGAGGUAAAUGGGUGGCUGAAACGACACAGUCUUUCAUCACCUUCAUGGACGCCCUCAAGUUGAAUCUACGCGCAAAAGACCAACUCCACCCCUUCUUGACUGAGCUUAUGAGCGGCUAUUCGCGGUUCAAGGGGAGUCAAGAGUGGGAGGGACGGGGCAAGAUAUUGCAUUGGCUGAUAACGCUGAAUGCCAUGAAGGCAAGCGAUGAGAUCAGCGAGGAGCAGUCACGGCAGGUAUGUCGUAUAUCUUUUGCUCAGCAGACAUCAUGGCUCACUCGUUUGUCAGAUGUCGUUCGAUAUUGAAAACGCCUAUAACGAGUUCUUCCGCUCACUGAGCGGCAAGAGCUCGUAGUUGUAUCAUACUUCUUGUACUAAUGCAUGUAUACUAGGGCUACGAAAAAUCUAGCC